AUGAUGCUCGCCUUCAAGCGUUUUAUGGAAAUAGAAAGGGAAGUCCAAAAACGAUUUCAAACUUUUAUUCAAAGCUUCGAAGACGACAUGCACACAUUUUUCCAACAAUAUCUUCUUCCUCUCUCCGGCGGUAAACUACCUAUAUCCUCAAAACCUAUAAGCAUUGACCCUCCCAAACCCGAACCUCAGCUCCCUGUCAAACGACCCAAAGAAAAUUUUUCCUUUCCUCAAUCAUCAGCACCAAAAAAAUCUCAGCCACAGCCCAAGCGAGGGGACUCAGAGCUUAAUUCUUAUAUGGAAUUAUUAAAGUCCAGGGUCAGAGAACUUUAUGAAAAAAAUAUUUCCCCUUCUUUUAUCUCAAAACUUUUCAAUCUGAACCUUGAAUUAGUCCAUUCUUUAGGAAACUGAAAACAAGUCCCUGACGAAAUUUCGUCAAAAAUGAUAGAAAUGAAAAAUGAAUGUUUAAAACUCAAAGAAAAAGGCUUCACAUUAAAAGAAAUAGGCAAAACUAUAAGAAUCCCUAGGAAAAAAGUAUUAAUUUUAUUCGGAGAAUUAACACCUAUUGAUUUAUUAAAAUCUGCUGAAUCUAAAAAAUGUGUUGUUAAUAAAAUAGCUGAAGGAGUUUCCAAAAUCGCUUUAUCACAAGAACUAGGAACGCCUGUUUACAAAAUUCAAAAUUGGGUGGAUAAAGUUUCUAAUGGCAGACCACUCAGUGAUGAAGACUCUAUUCGUUCUGAAGGCGAAAUUUCUCGCGAAACCAUCCGAAACUCAAUUUUUCACUAUUAUCAAACUAACAACAAAGACCUCGCCGCUUCUAUUUGUAGCCAAAAGCCUGAAAAAAUAGUCCAAUGGGUAGACAGAUUUGAAAAUGGGACCGAUAUUGAAACUAUCAAGUUCAAAAAAUCCACCCCACAGCCCUUCCCUGAAUCCUACGAAAAUCUCUCAAAUUCUUUAAUUUCUGAUUUUUUUAAAAAGUCAUAUUAA